UAAAUGAAUUAUUUUUAUAGAUUACAUGCUAAAAUUGAAAGCCAUCGAUCAAUUAACAUAUCGAAUCAAUCAAAGUGAAUCUGAUAAAGAUAUUAUCAAGAGAAACCUAGAAGAAGUUCAGGAUGAAUGUUCUAAAUUGACUUAUAAACUUAAAACUUCUGCUCGUUUAUUAGAUGAAGUUCAAGUAGAAAGAGAAAAACUUGUAUUUGAAAAAGAAACUAUGAAAUCUCAAUUAGAACAAUUUUACAGUAUUUUUAAGAAACAAGAUAUUGUAGAAAAAUCACAUAACUCAUUCAUAAAUCAUUCUGAUUGUGUACAAUUGAAUGAAAAAAAGACUUUUAAUAACACUGGUGCUUUGUUAUCAGAUAUUAGUUAUAGUAAUUCUGAAGAUAGUUCAUAUGAUCAUUUAUUGAAAAAUCCAAAACAAAAUUCAGCUCUGAUAGAAAAGCAUUCUACUGGCAACAUUUUCAAUAACCUGAAUACAAAAAAAUGUGCGAUCAAAAACGUGAAUACUACCAACAACAAAAUUAUUGCUACAACUAUUGUAACGAUGGACUUGGGUAGUGUAAAUGCUAAAUCUGUUAUAAAAACAUAUCCAACACAGACUCCAAAAGUUGCAUUAACAUCGUCAUCGAGUGAUUCUACAGAGCCAUUGUCCACCAGCGAUUCUGAAACAGAAAAUAAUAUAACUGAAAAAAAACAUAAUUUUAUUCAAAAAAUUAUUGUCAUUCCAGAAAUGUGUGGUCACUGUCAUAAAAAAAUAAAGUUUAACAAUUACAUGGUUAAAUGUUUGGACUGUAAAAUUAUUACUCAUCUGGAAUGUAAAGAUUUUAUACCUACUAUAUGUACAAUUGAUCAUCUAAAAAUCAAUGCUUUAAAUUGUGGUGUCCCACCUUUCAUCAUUCACUGCAUUGGCGAAAUCGAAAAAAGAGGAUUGGAUACAGUUGGGUUAUACAGAGUGUCUGGUUCUGAUAAAGAAGUGAAAAAUUUAAGAGACAAAUUUCGAAAAGGUUUACCGAAUUUAAACAAUAUAGACAUCCACGUAUUAUGCAGUUAUUUAAAAGGCUUAAUUCGUAUGCAAGAAAAUCUUAUAUCUCCAAGUGAUUUAUCAAAGUUGACUGAUGCAUUAAAAAAUAAAAAUGAUGUUUCAAGUCACUUUGUCAAGUUGUAUCUGAUUUGCCUAAUACCAAUCGUACAUACUUGCAUUCCUCAUUCUUCAUUUGCAAAA